AAGAGUCGGAUAGAGAGAGCCCAGCGCCAUCCGCCGCCUACUUCCCGCCUGCCGAAUCGCGAUCAGCCCCCGCACUGCUUCGUCCUGGCCCUUGCCAAUUGCUACCUUGAAUCUGAAGCCCGCCGGCACCCUCUCGUCCUCUGUGUGGCCACCAAGGCCUGCCGCACCCUGGAGUGGGCUUCAUCCGUCGCUCUGAUCAGUGGCUAUGCACAUGCUAUGUUCGAUGAAAUGCCUAGCAAGGUUGUCAUUGCCCUACAGAUGCACUUGCGGCUCUUGAUGCAGCUUCCUGUAUUCUAAGGAUUGGAGUUCUAACAUACAGACAAAUGGCAUCGAUCGUAUUCGGUCCAGGAAACAUGCAUGCCCUCUCUGUGCGGCUGAGAAUAUUAUCUGGGAGUUGGACAUUUCAGUAUGGUCCCUUUAUCUGUGGUGUGCAGCGGAGGUGGAAGAAGCCAGUAGAUUCAGCAAGAACACGUCUGGAGAGCAGAACAAGGGAUCAUAGGCUGGACAAGCUAAUGGUUCAACUGAGAAACUUGAAGCUGGCCCUGGUUGUACGUGAGUUGAUAUCUCAGCAGAGGAACGAAUAUGCUUCUCUCCAACUUCUUUCAAAGUGGAGACAUGAGGUCGGAUUGAACAUUGAGAUUGGCGCUUUCCUCAAGAAAUAUCCCCACAUUUUCCAGAUUUACGUGCACCCUGUGAAGAGAAACCAUUGCUGCAAGAUCACACAAAAGAUGACUGACUUGAUUGCAGAGGAAGAGGCCGUGAUCAGGGAGAAUGAGACCAACAUAGUUCAGCGGCUCAAGAAACUUCUCAUGCUCUCUACAAAUGGAACUCUGAAUAUGCACGCAUUGUGGCUAGUAAGAAGGGAGCUUGGGCUGCCUGAUGAUUACAGGUCUUCCAUGCUACCAAAGUAUCCACAUGAUUUAUAUCUUGAAUCCCCUGAUACUCUGUCACUUGUCUCUUGGGAUGACGAAUUAGCUGUAGCUAAGAUUGAAGAGUGGAGGAAGAAAGAGUACACUGAAAAAUGGCUAGCUGAAUCAGAGACAAAAUACGCUUUUCCAAUCAACUUCCCUACUGGAUUUAAGAUUGAGAAAGGCUUUAGGGAAAAACUCAAGAACUGGCAGAGGCUUCCCUACACCAAGCCUUAUGAGAAGAAUGAUUUGCAUCCGAUACACAAUGUGGAGCGGAUUGAGAAACGUAUUGUUGGUAUUCUUCAUGAACUGUUAAGCCUUACGGUAGAAAAGAUUAUACCACUCGAGAGACUAUCACAUUUCAGACGAGUUUUUGCUAUGGAAGUAAACUUGCGGGAGCUUCUUCUUAAGUACCCAGGAAUUUUCUACAUCUCGACCAAGGGAAGUGCACAGACAGUCAUUCUGAGGGAGAGUUACAGUAAAGGCUGCCUGGUUGAGCCUAAUCCUGUAUACAACGUUCGAAGGAAAAUACUAGAUCUGAUUUUGUCUGGAUGCCGUAACGUUAGUGAACCGGAAACUGCAGCUUUGUUUGCUGAGGAGUAUGAUCAGGCAAGCUUCCAUGAGUUGCAGCAGAACAUGUGCCAGGUGGAUACUGCAAAUACCGUACUUGAACUUGAAACUGACAGUGACUCCUAUAGGACGAAGUGUAUUACUGAGAAGCUCCCGUACCAACAUUUCUGUGCCUCACAAGAAAAGAGGGACUAAACGAUGAAAGACUUCAACAUGUAGGGAUAGUUUGGGCCUCUUGGUUACCGGACGUGGAUGGUGUCCACAGCAUCUUCAACCAUGUCCAAUCACAAUGCUGCAUCCUGAAAACCAAUUCAUGGACCUCCUCAAUCGGUGCCCAAACAGUAGCAACACUAUUCAGUCUCUUGGUAAUUUUUAGAUGGUUUUUGCACCAUCAUACAGUGACACUUCAGAUUGGUAUAUAGCUUCCACUUUGAACUUGGCACAUGAUGCCAUUGAUAUACAUCCAACUGCAAAUAUUUCCGUCCGGUUCAAGAAACACGAGAAUCUCCAGAUGCGGGUCUCCUGCAACCACUUCCCUGUUAAAACCGAUAGGAUCGUCAUAGCAUCGUGCCCUACUUGUAGUGGUUGUACAACAAGUGAGCAUUAGAAGAGCAGAGCUUCACUGAUCUCAGAAGCUAUCUAUAAGAAUAAUAAUGGCACUGCUAGGAGUAUUAGAGGAGCAUAGUUUUUGAAUCA